AUGGUCAGAUCCUCAAGAUACAAACACCAACAUGAUGGUAAUGAUGAUUUUUUUGAAAUAACAGAUUAUACACAAGCAUCGUCAUGGGAGAAUUUAAUUGCAAGAUUAGAAGAAAUUAUACAAUCUAGUUGCGAAUCCCGUAAAUCAUCAUUCGAACACUCUAUUCAAUAUAACAACUCACACUAUCAAUUGGUUUAUAUCUCACCAAUUAAUACAUCAACACUAAAUAAAUCUGAAAUUUCAAAAAUUUCAAAAUUAAAAUAUAAUGCACUUAGGGACAAUGGACCAAAUGUUACAGAGUUAUCAACAUUACUAUCAGCAUUUUCAAUAGCAUUACAUAACUGUGCGUGUUACUUACCAGCAUUUGUAGGUUUUGACGAAAAGAGAUAUGAAAAUUUUAUUGGCUAUAUGUAUGCACCAAUUUCAAGUAAAUCUUUAGAGAAUGAAGACCACUUUUUUGUAAAAUUUGCAACCGAAUCUAUUAUAUUAUCAACAUUAUCACCAAAUCAAAAUAUAGCAGAAUCUUUUGAAAAACAAUUAAAAAUAUUCUAUUCAAAAAUAUCAGUGGACCCAGACGAUAGAAAUUGGGACCAAUUUUUAAAUUUAUCAACAACAUCAACCAAAUAUACAUAUAUCAAAGGCAAUUGGAAUGAUAUCGAUUGGAGAAAUGCCGCCUCCUUGUCAUCAUCCACCUCCUCUUCCGUGGACUAUGAUAACGAAAUAUUUAGAUGGGGUUAUCCAAUGGAUCCAAUUAAUGAACUACAUUACUGUGUAAUUAGCCCACCAAUCAAAAGUACCCACAUUCUAGAGAAUGAUUUUCAAUCUAGCCAAACACCAAAAAGCUGGUUUGUUAAAGUUUUAUUUAGAAAGCCACACAACAGUCUCUUCCAACUCUCCAUUGGUGUAAUUAAUAUCUUCACAUCCUAUGUCGAAUCAAUCAAAUUAAUGUCCCAAUACAAUCCCUCUAUUCAACAAAUCUUAACAGACUACAAUUUAAACAAAACAUCUUCAACAAACCCCUCUUCUUCAUCAAAGCAAAAAUACCAAUCACAACAUCACAAUAAAACACAAAAUGCCUCGGACCAAAAUGAAUAUAAUGAUGAUGAUAAUCAAUCACAAAAUUAUAAAGGAACUGACAGUAUUUUAAAAACUAUGGGUACUUUUACUAAAUCAUUAGCAUCAUCACUCAGCUCACCACUUAUUCCUACAUCUAGAGAACUGGAACAACUUUUACAAUCACUAUUUACUGAUUCUAAAGACCCAAGUGAUAUCUAUCAUUUUGACAAUAUCCCGGAAGAAGAUUUAAAUGCCCCACCAUUAACCAAUAAAAGUACAAGAAUCAAAAGAGCACCAAUCGACUCUCUAUUCUUUUCAUUCUCUUUAAUGUGUCUAAAUAUUCAAAGCUUGGUUGGUGUACUAUUAUUCUGGAGCGAAUUUGUAGAUGAAAUUAAAUGGCAUUGGGAACAUCAAAUUUUAAUUCCAAGAACCUUUUCAUCAUCCCAUAUCAGUGUAAAUAAUUGCUUAAUUUUCCAAAAAUUACAAAUGAUUAAUUAUUGUGUAAAAAAAAGACAUGAAUAUCAAAACUAUCAAGAAACUGAAGAACAAUACAACAGUACAAACAACAAUAAUAACAAUGAAGAUAAUGAUAAUAGUAAUCAAAAUGGUUGGGAUGAUGAAGAUGUUAUUCCAACAACCCCAACAAUUAAAGGCAAAGAAGAGGGUGGUUGGGAUUUUGACGAGCAGCUUGAAGGUUUAGAUGAUCAAUUAGAAAAGAGCAACCUUUUAAAUAAUGAACAACAAGAGGAAAUAGACCCAGUUUCAAACAACAAUAAAAAACUAACAGGUCAAUAUUUGUUAUAUGAAGAUAGAGAGAUAAAUAUUCCAAAAACUCAAGAUUUUGGACCAAUGACAGAUGAUAUGGUAAACGAUCAUUUAAAUGAAAUGAGUGAUAUUGAAAUGACACAAGAAAAAAGACUCGAAUUGCAAACAGUAACCUUAUUAUCAGAUAUGCAAUCCUUUAAAUAUUCAAAUCCAGGUUGUGUUUUUGAAGAUUUUAUAAGAUGGCACUCAAAUGGUGACUGGAUCACAAAACCAAAUGAAAUGGAAUCAAUCAAUAUAAGAUUAAAACAACUAAAACAAGAAGAACUAGAUAAACAAAAAAUAGCAGAUGAAUUUACAAGUGACCAAUAUGAUGAAAUCAAACCAAUAGAUGAAUUCGAUGAAUCAAAAGGAAGAGAAAGAAAAUCAAACUAUGGUAGAGAAGGUUGUUUAUCUCUUAGAAUGGCUGGUAACGACACAAUUUGGAAAAAGACUUGGGCAAAAGCCAAACCAAUACCAAUUUCAAAACAAAAACCAUUAUUUGAUUUUAACAAACAAGCAACCAAUGCAAUUUCAUAUUUAGAAAAUAUUUUACCAUCAGAUUUAAUCCAUCAGAUAAUGUCAGUAAUUUUAACCUCAAUCGCCACAAUCUUUUCAAAUGAAAAAAAUAAAAGUAAUCUUUCAAGCGAAUAUUGUCUUGGUAUGGAUUUCCAACCAAUGAGGCAAUUGGUAGAAAAAUAUUUUGAAACAGUUAACCAAACUUGGCCAUCACAAAUUCCAAACUAUGAAUCAAUUAAAUCUAAAGACUUUGAUCCAAUUUUCAAAACAUUACAAGAUAUUGAAAAUAGUUAUUCAAAACUAAUCUCAUUAAAAACCAAAUUUUCAAAAUUAAAUAGAGUAAUUUAUAAUUUAUAUAGAGAUGGUUGUAGCGAUAUUUUAGAUAACGAAUUUGACUCGGUAUCAUAUCUUUUCUUUAAUGAAAUCGAUGAUUACGAAUAUGAAAUGGAAAACAAUGGUAUACCAACAUCAAUUCAACCCAAUGUUAAAGAAUAUAUUACUCGUAGCUAUUCACCAAGACCUUACAAAACUUCUCAAAUAAUGCCCCAUAAAAUGUACACCCAUAUUUCCCCAUAUGAAUGUAGAAUUGCAACAUCGAUUUCGGAAGAAGAUAUAUAA